AUGCCUUUGGAAGAUCAACCGGAAGUGCCUUUGGAAGAUCAACCGGAAGUGUCUUUGGAAGUAAUGGAAGAUCAACCGGAAGUGCCUUUGGAAGAUCAACCGGAAGUGUAUUUGGAAGAUCAACCGCAAUCUGGAAGUUCCUCCGGAAGUUCUUCUGGAAGUUCUUCUGGAAGUUCCUCCGGAAGUUCAUCUGGAAGUUCCUCUGGAAGUUCCUCUGGAAGUUCCUCUGGAAGUUCCUCUGGAAGUUCCUCUGGAAGUUCCUCUGGAAGUUCCUUUGGAAGUUCCUCUGGAAGUUCCUCUGGAAGUUCCUCUGGAAGUUCCUCUGGAAGUUCCUCUGGAAGUUCCUCUGGAAGUUCCUCCGGAAGUUCCUCUGGAAGUUCCUCCGGAAGUUCCUCCGGAAGUUCCUCUGGAAGUUCCUCUGGAAGUUCCUCUGGAAGUUCCUCUGGAAGUUCCUCUGGAAGUUCCUCUGGAAGUUCCUCUGGAAGUUCCUCUGGAAGUUCCUCUGGAAGUUCCUCUGGAAGUUCCUCCGGAAGUUCCUCUGGAAGUUCCUCCGGAAGUUCCUCUGGAAGUUCCUCCGGAAGUUCCUCUGGAAGUUCCUCCGGAAGUUCCUGUGGAAGUUCCUCCGGAAGUUCUUCUGGAAGUUCAUCUGGAAGUUCCUCUGGAAGUUCCUCUGGAAGUUCCUCUGGAAGUUCCUCUGGAAGUUCCUCUGGAAGUUCCUCUGGAAGUUCCUCUGGAAGUUCCUCUGGAAGUUCCUCUGGAAGUUCCUCUGGAAGUUCCUCCGGAAGUUCCUCUGGAAGUUCCUCUGGAAGUUCCUCUGGAAGUUCCUCUGGAAGUUCCUCCGGAAGUUCCUCUGGAAGUUCCUCUGGAAGUUCCUCCGGAAGUUCCUCCGGAAGUUCCUAUGGAAGUUCCUCCGGAAGUUCCUCUGGAAGUUCCUCUGGAAGUUCCUCCGGAAGUUCCUCCGGAAGUUCCUCCGGAAGUUCCUCCGGAAGUUCCUCC